UCUCUGCUUCUGUUGAUGAAAGAAUGAAGCUAAGCGAGUCAAGAGGCGAAACAGAGAAGCACAGGCGCCAACAACAUUUCGAGCACGAGCUUAAGAACAUGAUCUCUUCGUUAACCCACAUGGGAGGAGAUAAGGCAGGACCUAGCCAAUACGAUGUAGAGGAGGAUGGUAUCAGAGUCAUCACGCUUUCUGGAUCCAACCUUGGAGCCACCAUGAAGACCGAGCUUGACAACAAUCAUGGAGACAGAGACAAAAACGGCGACCACGAGCUUGAUUUCCUCAGCACUUAUGUUAAUAGCAACUUCCAAGCUGUGAACAACUCCAUUAUGAUAGGGGCCAACUACGAGACUCAUGAUCCUGGCGUUCAUCUUGACAUCUCGGGCGAUGUGGAGAAACCUUCGGUGAAGAUACCUGCGAGGAGUUCAAGGGGAAAGAAGGGUAAAACUCCUGCUAGAAGUGACCGUCGAGAAUCUGAACAUACUAAUUGAAUGGUAUGGUAUCUUCAUUGACAAAGCAAUUUGGUUGCCUUCUGUAUUAAUUCUCUUUUAUUCUCUUGUCUUGCCUUCUCUAAAUAAUCAGAGAAAUUGUGCAUGCCAAAGCACUUUACUUUCUCUUCGAGGUUGUUGUUUUCUCUUGCGCGUAUUAUUAAACAUGUUUCUAUUUA